CGUGACGGAGCUUGAGCAACACCAAUCCGCUAGUCGCCAGGAAGCACCGUUGCUUCUUCCUCUUCUUUGCUCUCUUCGCCUUCAUCUCUGCUAGAGACUCCCCCGCCCGUCUGCUCGGAAGAACCGCCAUGAUGUCUGGAGAAGCGUGGCUGUUCCUUUUGGCGGUGUUGAUCAACGCCGUCAACCUGUUCCUUCAGGUGUUCUUCACCAUCAUGUACAGCGAUCUGGAAUGCGACUACAUCAACCCCAUCGAUCUCUGCAACCGUCUGAACGCCUACAUCAUUCCCGAAGCUGCCGUCCACGGCUUCCUGACCUUUUUGUUCUUGAUCAACGGGUACUGGGUUGCCCUUGUUCUCAACCUUCCCCUCCUCGGCUACAACAUCAAGAAGAUCGUUGAUAACACACAUCUGCUUGAUGCCACCGAGAUCUUCCGAAAGCUCAACGUUCAUAAGAAGGAGUCUUUCAUCAAGCUGGCCUUCCACUUGAUCAUGUUCUUCUUCUACCUGUACAGCAUGAUCGUCGCCCUCAUCCGUGAUGAGUCUUCGUAAACCAUGUCGACUGGUUGGCGAAACUGCCCUUACCCAUUAUACGAUACCAAUUUCUCUGGCAGGACCGAUAAAACUAAACAUGACGGGAACUCUGACGAGGCGCCGGUAGGGCAAGACAAAGCAUGGGACAAGGGCCGUUAAUGUUUAGAACUACGCUACAAUGAAGCAGGUGAAGCGAAUGGCGCGGAUGUUUGGGAACGGGCAGGCUGGCUUCACUCGCAGUUUUAAGCACUGCGUCCGGUGAUACGCUGGCGUUUAGAGCCUAUGCCGAGGGCAAUCCUCUUCUCUCUUCUUCAGAGAAAUGAGUUUCGCAACCCGGGUAGUAUAGCCUCCCCUUUCUUUAUUUCUGCAGGAGGACAAUCUGUUGGUCGGGGGUGGUCUGAUGGAGUAAUGAUAAAACUUGAAUGUCAGGAGGACGAGGUUGAAGCAGGGGUUACUAAUACAGUUAAUUGUAUCAUAUCGUUGUUUGCGCCUAUGUUAAAUACGAAGUGAAAAUGCAUAG